UUUGCCUACCGCCAAUAAAAUAAAAGAAGAACCCAAAGAACGCUUAAAGGGAAGAAGAAAAAGGCCAAGGUGGACAACAUUCAGAAGGUUAUUUGUUGUUUUUGAGGAGUUAAACGUCGACUGGAUCUGGAUCUGCAGUUCACUACUCCAGGGUCCGUGGACAGCAGCAGGGAUGUUGGCGAGACACGUUCUGAGCCGAAGUUUCUCCUCCCACCAGCUAAGUAAAAACAUCACCUUCUACAUGAGCCAGGAAGUCCCCGGCUCGCCAGCGGGUCCCACGCAAGCCUGUGACCAACAUAAACCUCUAACCCUCAUGCUCCCAUGGAUGGGAGCGCGUCCCCAGGCUGUGGCGAAGUACAACGAGAUCUACCUUCGCACCGGCUUCGACGUGCUGGUUGUGGAGAGCGAGAUACAAACCUUCCUGUGGCCUCGCUUGAGUUUAGAGCGCGGAAAGAAGUUGCUGGAAGUGCUGCAGAGCGAUCGCUUCGUGUCCCGGCCGCUGCUUGUCCACGCCUUCUCCAUCGGCGGUUACACUUUUUCCCAGCUGCUGGUUCUGGUGGCCGAGGAUCCGCAGAAAUACCAGACUCUCACAGGCAGGAUCAAGGGUCAGAUCUACGACAGCCUGGUGGCCGGGUCCGUGGAGGUUAUGGCUUCAGGUGUGGCCAAGGUGGUGUUUCCGCAGUGGGAGACGGCAGUGAAACAAGCCAGCCUGCUUUACUUCAACGCGUUCAAGCGCCAAACCACCGACUACUACAACCGGAGCAUCGAAGUGUUUUGGAACUCCCCCGUCACCGCCCCCGCGCUCUUUUUCUACUGCGACAACGACCCGAUGAGCGACGCGCGCGCCAUGGAGGAAGUGAUCGGUUUUUGGCAGAAGCGCGGCGUGGAAUUGACCGUGAAGAAAUGGGAGCGAUCUAAACACGCCGGCCACCUAAAGACCCACCCGCAGGAGUACCUGGAGACUUUGGGUUCGUUCGUCCAGUCACUCCAUAUGGUUCCUCUGAAGGCCAAGAUGUAGCGAUGCAGCAUUUGUCGAUCUUAAAAACGUCUUUAUUUGCCGUCUAACUUGAAACUAACUUCUCAGGUGUUUUGUACUACUUACAAUAGGUAUAUUUAUUUACAAACCGCGUUUCCAUAUGAGUUGGGAAAUUGUGUUAGACGUAAAUAUAAACAAAAUACAAUGAUUUGCAAAUCAUUUUCAACCCAUAUUCAGAUGAAUCCACUACAAAGACAAGACAUUUGAUGUUCAAACUCAUAAACAUAAUUUUUUUUUGCAAAUAAUAAUUAACUUAGAAUUUCAUGGCUGCAACACGUUCCAAAGUAGUUGGGAAAGGGCAUGUUCACCACUGUGGUACAUCACCUUUUCUUUUAACAACACUAAACAAACGUUUGGGAACUGAGGAAACUAAUUGUUGAAGCUUUGAAAGUGGAAAUAUUUCUCAUUCUUGUUGUAUGUAGAGCUUCAGUCGUUCAACAGUCCGGGGUCUCCUCUGUCGUAUUUUACGCUUCAUAAUGCGCCACACAUUUUCGAUAGACACAUCUGGACUGCAGGCGGGCCAGGAAAGUACCCGCACUCUUUUUCUUUUUUUACGAAGCCACGCUGUUGUAACACGGGCUGAAUGUGGCUUGGCAUUGUCUUGCUGAAAUAAGCAGGAAAAAGGCGGCACUUAGAUGGCAGCAUAUGUUGUUCCAAAACCUGUAUGUACCUUUCAGCAUUAAUGGUCCCUUCACAGAUGUGUCAGUUACCUAUGCCUUGGGCACUAAUGCACCCCCAUACCAUCACAGAUGCUGGCUUUUGAACUUUGCUUCCAUGACGGUCUGGAUGGUUCGCUACCCGGUGCGGAUGACACAAUGUCGAAUAUUUCCAAAAACAAUUUGAAAUGUGGAAUCGUCAGACCACAGAACACUUUUCCACUUUGCAUCAGUCCAUCUUAGUUGAUCUCGGGCCCAGAGAAGCCGGCGGCGUUUCUGGAUGUUGUUGAUAAAUGGCUUUCGUUUUGCAUAGUAGAGCUUUAACUUGCACUUACAGAUGUAGCGACGAACUCUAUUUAGGUACAGUGUUUUUCUGAAGUGUUCCUGAGCCCAUGUGGUGAUAUCCUUUAGAGAUUAAUAUCAGUUUUUUAUACAGUGCCGUCUGAGGGAUCGAAGGUCACGGUCAAUCAAUGUUGGUUUCCGGCCAUGCCGCUUUUGUGGAAUGAUUUCUCCAAAUUCUCUGAACCUUUUGAUGAUAUUAUGGACCAUAGAUGUUGAAAUCCCUAAAUUUCUUGCAAUUGCACUUUGAGAAACGUUUUCUUAAACUGUUUGACUAUUUGCUCACGCAGUUGUGGACAAAGGGGUGUACCUCGCCCCAUCCUUUCUUGUGAAAAACUGAGCAUUUUUUGGGAAGCUGUUUUUAUACCCAAUCAUAGCACACACCUGUUCUCAAUUAGCCUGCACACAUAUGGGAUGUUCAAAAUAAGUGUUUGAUGAGCAUUUCUCAACUUUAUCAGUAUUUGUUGCCACCUUUUCCAACUUCUUUGUCACAUGUUGCUGGCAUCAAAUUCUAAAGUUAAUGAUUAUUUGCAAAAAACUAAAUGUUUGUCAGUUUGAACAUCAAAUAUGUUGCGUUUUGUAGCAUAUUGAACUGAAUAUGGGUUGAAAAUGAUUUGCAAAUCAUUGUAUUCCGUUUAUAUUUACAUCUAACACAAUUUCCCAACUCAUAUGGAAACGGGGUUUGUAGUUGCAUUAGAAAAGCUAAUUCCUAAGACUGUGGAUGGAGACUCAACUGCACAGAAUACGUGGCUUUUUUUUCCGAGCCAUUCAAUUUAUAUUUUGUAAUAAUUUUCCCUCAAAUGAUCGUACUCCUAUUAACUCACUUUAGAGUCCAGUGAAAAGCAAUUGUCAUAACGUUGGACUUGGUCCUGAUGGUUUCAUCUGGCCAGGAUCUUCAGCUCUCACUGGAUCGGUUCGCAGCCGAGUGUGACGCGACUGGGAUUAAAAUCAGCCCCUCCAAGUCUGAGUUUGUGGUUCUCGCCCGGGAAACGGCGUGCCAUCUCCGGGUUGGGGAGGAGACCUUGCCCCAAGUGGAGGAGUUCAAGUACCUCGGAUUCUUGUUCACGAGUGAGGGAAGAGUGAAUCGUGAGAUCGUCAGGCGGAUCGGUGCGGCGUCUUCAGUAAUGCGGACGCCAUAUCGAUCCCUUGUGGUGAAGAAGGAGCUGGGCCAGAAGGCAAAGCUCUCAAUUUAUCGGUCGAUCUACGUUCCCAUCCUCACCUAUGGUCAUGAGCUUUGGGUUAUGACCGAAAGGACAAGUUCACGGGCACAAGUGGCAGGAAAUGGGUUUCCUCCGCCAGGUGGUUCGGGCAUCGGGUCAGGACCAGUAGGAGGCCACGGGGAAGACCCAGGACACGUUGGGAAGACUAUGUCUUCCGGCUGGCCUGGGAACGCCUCGGGAUCCCCCGGGAAGAGCUGGACUAAGUGGCUGAGGAGGGGAAAGUCUGGGCUUCCCUGCUUAGGCUGAUGCCCCCGCGACCCGACCUCGGAUAAGCGGAAUAUGGAUGGAUGGAUGGAAUAGCAUUUGUGAGGGUUUUUUAUUUUUAUUUUGCAUCGAAAUGUUUCAGCUUUUGGGUAAAAUCAGAAAUGUGGCGUGGUAUACAAACAAAUGCUUUUAAUGGGACAUUGACAAUAAGACUAUAGUAAAUAAUCAAUUAUUAUUAGUAUCAGAGUGGAGGCCACUGUAAACAAAAUAAGGUUGGCUGGAUUUUGGUGUUGGGUUUCAUCUCAUUAACCAAAAAGCAACACCUUGCACAGACGAUUUUAUUUAUUUCCUUGCAUCAGUAACAGUGUUGGGUUAGUUACUGAAAACCAGCAACUACUUAGUUACUAAUUACUUUAUUUCAAAACUAGCUCAAUUACCUACACCAACAAAUAAUGCGUUACUGUGAAAAGUAACUACUUAGUUACUUAUUUUUUCUUCUUUUAUUUUUAAGGCUCCCCUUAAUGCCCUUUUAGCCUUCAUUUCAGUACUGUUAUUGCACGGAAGAAUAAUACAAUCUGUUGAUCAGCUGCAACAUAACAUACAUAAGUAACAUACCGCAUUAACACAACAUAGCUAUAAAGCUGGCUCCACCCAAGGAAGGCACACAUGACAUACACAAAACCUAACCAGGCAUUUUUUUUCUCUCAAGGAAUUGUGAAAUAAAAUCAUGUCUUCAGGAGAUCAAAACUGUACUGAAGCCCAGAACACUCUACGCAUUUCCCCAGUUUUAGUUUAGAGAUAAGGAAAGAUUGGCCUGGCCCACUAGGAUCACUCUUUAUGUUUGUGAACUUUAUUGUCUAUACCAGGGGUCACCAACGCGGUGCCCGUGGGCACCGGGUCGCCCGUAAGUACCAGAUAAGUAGCCCGCUGGCCUGUUCUAAAAAUAGCUCAAAUAGCAGCACUUACCAGUGAGCUGCUUCUAUUUUUGCUGGUCUCGCUUUGCUCAACAUUUUUUAUUCUGAGACAAAACUCAAAUAGAAUUAGAAAAUCCAAGAAAAUAUUUUAAAGACUUGUUUAAAUACAUUCAUUUAUUUUUUUACUUUGCUUCUUAUAACUUUCAGAAAGACAAUUUUAGAGAAAAAAUACAACCUUAAAAAUUAUUUUAGGAUUUUUAAACAAAUAUACCUUCUUACCUUUUAAAUUCCUUCCUCUUCUUUCCUGACAAUUUAAAUCAAUGUUCAAUUGUUUUAGAAUAAUAAAUACAUUUAAAUUUAAUUCUUCAUUUUAGCUUCUGUUUUUUCGACGAAGAAUAUUUGUGAAAUAUUUCUUGAAUCUUAUCAUGAUUAAAAUUCAAAAAUAUUAUUCUGGCAAAUCUAGAAAAACUGUAGAAUUAAAUUUAAAUCUUAUUUCAAAGUCUUUUGAAUUAAAAUUUUUGUUCUGGAAAAUCCAGAAGAAAUAAUGAUUUGUCUUUGUUAAAAAUAUAGCUUGGUGCAAUUUGUUAUAUAUUCCAACAAAAUGCAGAUUGGAUUUUAACCUAUUCAAAACAUGUCAUAAAAAUUCUAAAAUUAAUAUUAAUCAGGAAAAAUUACUAAUGUUCCAUAAAUGAUUUUUUUAAUUUUUUCAAAAAGAUUCGAAUUAGCUAGUUUUUCUAAAUUUUUUUCGGUUGAAUUUUGAAUUUUAAAAGGUCGAAAUUGAAGAUAAACUAUGUUUCAAAAUUUAAUUUUCAUUUUUUUCGUGUUUUCUCCUCUUUUAAACCAUUGGAUUAUGUGUUUUUUUUCAUCAUUUAUUCUCUACAAAAAAACUUACUGUAAAAGGAAAAAAAAAUUACGACGGAAUGACAGACAGAAAUACCCUUUUUAAAAAAAAAAAAAAUAUAUAUAGAUUUAUUUAUUAAAGGUAACCCUGCCUUCCGCCUGAUUGUAGCUGAGAUAGGCGCCAGCGCCCCCCGCAACCCCAAAAGGGAAUAAGCGGUAGAAAAUGGAUGGAUGAACAAAUUGGCUUUUUCUGGCAAUUUAUUUAAGUGUGUAUCAAACUGGUAGCCCUUUGCUAAAUUUAAUCAGUACCCAAGAAGUAGCUCUUGGUUUCAAAAAGGUUGGUGACUCCUGGUCUAUACAUUUAGUGAUGUGAUAAUCAAACACUCUAGAAGUCUAGAAUGAAAGAGUAUAUAAGAUAAUUGACAAGAGUGUGUGUACCUUCAGUGAUGAAUGAUGAGCAGAGGCAGAGUUUGGAGUGUUUUCGUUAGCUCGCUCUCCAUGUUUUGUUACUCACUGUCCACUCUGUCCAGGUACCUGAAAUCGGGUGACUCCACUGUAGAAAUAGCCUGCAUGUCUUCUACUAACGUGUUAGUCCCAGCACUGAUCAGUAAUGCAUUUUGCUGUGAAACAUAUGUUUACAUCACUUAACUGCCUUUCAUAUGUUCCCCAAAUAACUCUCUUGGACCUCUGAUUGAGUAUUUUGGUCACAAUGGUCAACUACGUCGUCGAACUGACCCGUCUGCGCUCGGGAUGAUCACCUGCUGGCCCUGCUAUGUACUGGACUCUCACCGUUAUGUUAGAUCCACUAUGGACUGUGGCCUGGACUCUCACACUAUUAUGUUAGAUCCACUAUGGACUGUGGCCUGGACUCUCACACUAUUAUGUUAGAUCCACUAUAGACUGGACUCUCACACUAUUAUGUUAGAUCCACUAUGGAAUGGAUUUUCACACUAUUAUGUUAGAUCCAGUAUGGACUGGACUUUCACACUAUUGUGUUAGAUCCACUAUGGAUUGGACUCUCACUGUUAUGUUAGAUCCACUAUGGACUGAACUUUCACACUAUUAUGUUAAAUCCACUAUGUACUGGAUUUUCACACUAUUAUGUUGGAUCCAAUAUGGACUGGACUUUCACACUAAUAUGUUAGAGCCACUAUGGAUUGGACUCUCACUAUUAUGUUAGAUCCACUAUGGACUUGACUCUCACGCUGGUGUUAGAUCCACUAUAGACUGGACUCUCACACUAGUAUGUUAAAUCCACUCUGGACUGGACUUUCACACUAUGAUGUUAGAUCCACUAUGGACUGGACUCUCACUAUUAUGUUAGAUCCACUAUGGACUAGACUCUCACUAUUUUGUUGGAUCAACUAUGGACUGGACUCUCACUAUUAUAUUAGAUCCACUAUGGACUGGACUCUCACUAUUAUGUUAAAUCCACUAUGGACUGGACUCUCACACUAUUAUGUUAGAUCCACUAUGGACUGGACUCUCACACUAUUAUGUUAGAUCCACUAUGGACUGGACUCUCACUAUUAUGUUAAACCCACUAUGGACUGUGGCCUGGACUCUCACUAUUACAGUAUGUUAGAUCCACUAUGGACUCGACUCUCACUAUUAUGUUGGAUCCACUAUGGACUGGACUCUCACACUAGUAUGUUAGAUCCACUAUGGACUGUGGCCUGGACUCUCACACUUUUAUGUUAGAUCCACUAUGGACUGGACUCUCAUUAUUAUGAUAGAUCCACUAUGGACUGGACUCUCACACUAGUAUGUUAGAUCCACUAUGGACUGGACUCUCACUAUUAUGUUAGAUCCACAAUGGACUGGACUCUCACACUAGUAUGUUAGAUCCACAAUGGACUGGACUCUAACUAUUAUAUUAGAUCCACUAUGGACUGGACUCUCAUUAUUUUGUUAGAUCCACUAUGGACUGGACUCUCACUAUUAUAUUAGAUCCACUAUGGACUGGACUUUCACAAUAAUAUGCUAGACCCACUGGAUGUCCAUUGCACCGGUCACCCCUAGAGGAGGUUGGGUUUACCCACAUUUGCGGUCCUCUUCAAGGUUUCUCAAAGUCAUUCUCAUCGACGUCCCCCUGGGUUGUGAGUCAUUCCUUGCCCUUAUUUGGGCGCUGAUCCCCGGAUGUUGUCGUGACUUGUGCAGCCCUUUGAGACAUUUGUGAUUUAGGGCUAUAUAAAUAAACAUUGAUUGAUGAUUGAUUGAACUCUCUACCCGCUCCCGCCUAUAACAAUUACAAGAUUCAUGCCAAAUCUAAUGUUUUUAUUUUAUUCAACACCUAGUUUCCUGUUUCUAAAUUAAUCACUGAUAUUUUCUGUAUGUUAUUGCUUUAUGUGCACUUAUUGUAAGGUGUUUUCUAAUUAUAUAUUAAGACAUCCAUCCCUCCAUUUUCUACCGCUUAUUCCCUUUCGGGGUCGCGGGGGGUGCUGGCGCCUAUCUCAGCUACAAUCGGGCGGAAGGCGGGGUACACCCUGGACAAGUGGCCAACUCAUCGCAGGGCCAACACAUAUUAAGAGAUCCCAGUGAAAAUGGCAAGUUGUUUUAUUCUUUGGGAUGUUAAGGCAGUAGAAACUCUGAAGUUUUCUCGCUAUCCAUUACUUGACUUCUAGGUUGUUCCUAUUUCAAAACAACGUUUUCAUGUUUACAAAUAAGUGGCUUUCUCAACACAAAGCAUUAAUUUCUUGUCAUAAGUUAUGUCAUUUAUUCACAUGUUUGGUUGGUUACAUUCUCAUGCCUUAUGAUAUAUUUGUUUGACUUACCAUAUUGAUUAAAGUGGAUGGAAUAAA